AUGGGACAAAAAGGAGGGAGAGAUGCAAGAGAAAAGUGUGACUUUUUAUUGAGAGAAAAACAAGCUAUUAAUGUAGUGUUGCGGAGGCAAACCGAAGCAGAGGACCAUAAAUAUAAAGUACCAUUACGUGUUUCUAUUAUUGUUGUUAGACUUUUAUUGAAGACCGAUUUACCGUUUCGUGGUAAUGACGAGUCGGUUAACUCGGAAAAUAGAGGGCUUUACAUUGAAGUGUUAAAAUCCAUUCGAGAGACUAGUGAAGAUAUUUUCAACAAUACUUUAGAAAAUGCUCCUAAGAACAAUCAACUUAUUUGCCCUAAAAUCCAAAAAGAACUUGUGCAAUGUUUUGCACAAGAAGUACUUUUGAGUAUUCGUCAAGAGAUUGGUCAAGAUGUAUUCGCUUUAUUGGUUGAUGAAUCUAGCGAUGUCUCAAAAAAGGAACAAAUGGCUAUUGUUUUGCGAUAUGUUGAUAGUCUUGGCUUUGUGAAAGAAAGAUUCAUUGGAGUUGUGCACGUGAAGGAUACAUCCUCUUUGACACUCAAAAACACCUUAAAUGAAGUACUUACAAGUAAUAAGUUGAGUUUUAGUCAGAUAAGAGGACAGUUAUGA